AUGACCCCCUCCAGCCCCAACCCCCCCUCUGCCCCUCCUCCCACCCUCCCCCUCCCAGCCUCCUUCCUCGCCAAAAAAGCCCUCAUCCACGCCCAGCUCACGGCACCCUCACCCGGCGGCGACCUCUCGCCCAAGGGCUCGGUCGACGAGCAGAUCCGGCCGCUGAUCGACGAGGUCAACGCGCGGGCCGGGUGCGUGACGACGAGCAGCUGCGCGGGCCGGAUCAGUGUGUUUCUCGAGGGGAGGAGGAAAGCUGUUGCUGCUGUUGCUGCGGCGGCGAGGACGGGGGCGGCGGCGGGAGGUGAUGAUGGUGUGAGAGAGAAAGCAGCCGGGGUAGGCGGCAAGGGCGCUGGCGGGCGCUGGCUGUUCGUCUCCCAUGACCCGGUCGAUGUCGCUGCCGGCUGCUCUGGGGAGGAGACGUGGGCGCGGAGGCUGGGGAUGCAGCGUCUCCGCUCUGAGGGUCAGGAACAGGAACAGGAGCAGGAGCAGGAGCAGGAGGCAUUGCAGAGGGCGAUGGGGAACGUGACGGGGAAGACGAGACUGGUGCAUUUCAAGUUUGAGCCUAUGGUGCAGUCACCCCCCUCCCCCCCUGCCCCCAUCCUUAUCUUUCCUCCUGCAUCAUGUGUCACUUUCUAUGGCGGCGCGAGGAUCCUCCAUGUCCUCACUGCAUCUCUCGCCCACGCCCAGACAGUCCUCUCCGCCGCCCUGCAAGCCGGCUUCCGUGAAAGCGGCGCCUUGAAUCUGACCUGUUCUUCUUCUUCCUCUUCUUCUUCUGCCGCCGAGCCGCCGACGCCGAUGGUCGGGAUCCGCUCCAUGGGCCUGGCUCUCGAAUCGGUCGUGGGCUUUGAGAGUGCGGGCAGGGUGUACUGCAUGGUGCCGGAGUGGCAGCUGCGGACCCUGCUUGAGAUUUCGAACCAGAGGUUUGUGGAGAAUGUGAAGAGGAUUGAGCGGUUUAGAAGCCUUCUGAAGGAGAUGUCGGGUGACGGUAGUAGGGAGGAGAAGAGGAAGGGGCAGGAUGGGGCGGAGUGGGAGGACGCUGGGGCGAGGAGAGAGAGGAAGCGGAAGGAGGGGUUGGAAAGAGCUGAGGAGAUGAGGAAAGCUGGGCAAGCGAAGAAAGAUUCUGGGUUCGCCGGAGACGGGCUUGAUCUUGGGAUUCUAGAUGGUAAUACAUGA